AUGAAAGGAAACGAAGUUGUGAACGAUGUAUUAGAGAAGCUCCAAGAAAUUAAUAAUAAUCUAAUGGAAGCUAUAAAAACGACAGAAUCAGAAUUCUCGACUGCAACAGUUGAUUUACCUAGUUUCGAUAAUGUCGAUAUGGAGUUAUUACUGGGAAAAGAUGAGUGCCCACAGUCGGAAUCGAUGUUAACGAAAGUGGCGAACAGUAUGAAAGCGCAGAAAGAAAGAGUGGCUCAACUGUUGGCAGAAGCAGAUAUAAUGUUAUUGGAAUAUGAUCACAUAAAGAAAGGAACAAUCGCGUGA